AUGCCUCAAGUCUACACGACAGACCACUCAACCUCAGUCCUUCGCACGCACAGCUGGCGCACAGUCUCCAACUCUGCGCCAUACCUGCUCCCACAUCUAAAACCAGAUAUGAAAAUCCUAGAUGUGGGCUGCGGACCUGGCUCAAUCACCAUUUCUUUAGCAAAACAGGUCCCAUCUGGACAUGUCACGGGCGUGGAAUACGUGUCCGAUCCGCUAGAAGGUGCGCGUGCGCUUGCGCAAGCUGAAGGCGUGUCAAACAUUACCUUCCAAGAAGGAAACAUCAAUGCUCUGCCAUUCGAGGACAAUACAUUUGACAUGGUACAUGCACACCAGGUUCUGCAGCACAUUUCUGAUCCAGUUCAUGCGCUAAAGGAAAUGCGGCGAGUCGCUAAGGACGGCGGCAUUGUUGCAUGCCGCGAAUCGGCGGAGUUGGCCUGGUAUCCCGAGUCUGUGGGGAUCGCUAAGUGGCGCGAGGUUACGGAGCGCAUGCAACUUGCGAAAGGUGGCAGUCCACAUCCUGGGAGGAUGAUUCAUGUUUGGGCGCGAAAGGCGGGGUUUGAUAGUAGGAGUGUGAAGAGGAGUGCGGGGGCUUGGUGCUUUGGGAGUGAUGAGGAGAGGGCAUAUUGGGGCGGAUCAAUGGAGGAGAGGGCUCGAUCUUCUGGGUUUGCGAAGAAUGUUGUCGAGGAGGGCUUUGCAGAGCCGGAUGAUUUGGAAGUUAUCGCAAGGGGAUGGAGGCAGUUUGUGGAAGAUGAAGAUGCAUGGUUUGGUUUAUUGCACGGGGAGAUAUUGUGUUGGAAGUAA